AUGUUCAAGCGCAAAAGCCACCAGGCGGCAGUCUCCCCACUGCCGGCUCCCGACGACCCCCGUGCCUCCAUGUCGUCCAUGGCGUCGACGGCCAUGAACAUCGGCGUGCCCCCCCACCGUAUCGCCAGCAUCGCCAGCGUAGACACCACAGACAGCGGCACAAAGAGCAAGCGUCGGUCGGGAUUCCUGGGCCUGGGCCGCAAAAAGGACAAGGACGAGCCUGUCCAGAGCUCUCGUCCUUUAUCGUCAUUCUCUGUCAACGGCCGCGCCCCACUCCGUCAACCUCAGCACGGCGAGUCGUUCGUGCACGAAAACGGCCGCGUCAUGGCUGGUACCCAGCAAGGACGACAGCAGCAACAGCAGAUGCACCAGCAGCAAAUGCAGCAACAGCAAAUGCAAGGUGGUGGCGACUUUGGGCCCAUUCCGGCCAACGCCGCCCGUGCCAGGAGUAUGGGAUACGCCUCUGGCCCCAACGACCAGUACGACCAGAAGAACAGCGUGCCCCAGUCGCCUGCUUCGUCCGGCACCUUCAAGCACAGCAUGCAGUUGUCGUCGCCCAUGGGCGCACCGGCCAUCACCGACCCGGCAUUCCGCUCCCAGUUUGAUACGAUUGUGGAGCUCAUAUCCCUCCAGCCGCACAAGACCUAUGUCGCUUCUCCGCCCGAGGUGGAGAUGAUCUUGGCCCGUACCAGCGCUGGUCAGCAGCCAAAACAGGGCGUCCCCGGCUCGCCGAACAAUGACUGGGACGCCGUCUGGCUCCAGCUCUCGGGCACGUCACUCUCCAUGUGGUCGAUGAAGGAGACGCGUGCGGCUGCUGCUCGCGGAGCAAAGGUUCCACCGACCUACUUUAACAUUACCGAGUCGUCGCUCGAGCUCCUCAACCCCCUCCCUCCUCCCCCGCACCGACCCAACUCGCACCCCCACAACUAUGUGUUUUCGCUCAACACAGCCGGCUCGAACCGUCUGCUCCUCUCGACCCCGACGGACCGCGAGCUCAUCCGCUGGACGACUGGUCUCCGCCUUGCUGCCUGGGAGCGUUCCCGUCUUGAGGAAAUCUACACCGCCCACCUUAUCAAGUCCGUCCUCCGUAACGAGGAACCAAUGUCACCCCUUGUCCGCGGGCGCUUUGAAGGUUGGGUCCGUGUAAGGAUCAUGGGGGGCACCGAGUGGCACCGUCUCUGGCUCGUGCUCUCGGACCCCGUUGGUGCUUCGGAGGAUGCCAGUGCUACGGGCAGUGUUCGCCGCCACUCUCUAUUCAGUCUCAACAAGCACGAAGAAGUCCAGGAGCCCAACACUGGUGUGCCCAUGGCCUCGUUCUACCAGCAACCUCGCACAUCCAAGAACCGUACCACCUCCCUCCCGGUGUUGACCCUCACCAACGUCACCCAGACGUACGCCGUCUUCCCCGAGCGCGUCGAAGUCAUCGUCCAGUCCAACUUGAUGAAGGCCGUCGGACGCAUCAGUGGCGAGCUGGUCACCAUCGAGGGCGGUCUCCGGGACUCUGGCUGGGCGUUGAUCAUGCCCGAGCCCGUGGCCGACGACCCGGCUGCGCCCCAGCCCCCUACCCCAGUCGCCACCAUGCUUCGCUGGGUCACCGCCUUCCACGAUGCCUUCCGACUCCAUGGCCGUCCACAGGGAUACAGCUGGGACAGGCAGGACCCCAAGAGUCUCGUCUUUGGUUACCCGAACGGCGAGUUCCGCGGCGACCUCUUCCUUUCAAUGGACGAUGCACAGGCUGCCAACUUCCGUCUCAACACACCCGGCAUUCGCGCACAGUUCAACAACCUCGUUCUCCGUCGUCAGCGUCUCGGCCCCGCGGCUCCCGUCGCGACGCCUCGUGACGAAAAGGCCCAGUAUGUUGCUGCCCAGCCCGAGACCAUCCCCGAGGAGCUGCCAGAAAAGUCUCAGUACCAGCAGGACCAGGCCGAGCAGUCGCGCGCCCCUCAGCAGCGUGAGAUGGCUCAGGCCCAGCAGUCUCAGCAGCCUCAGCAGCCUCAGCAGCCUCAACAGUAUGGCCAGACCGAUCGUGAGGCCGAAGACGGCCCUGAAGCCGACCGUUCCGCCGGCGGCGUCCAGCCGCAGCGCCAGUCAUCCGCAGACUUCCGUCUCCCGCCGCUCUCGUUCAAUCAAGAGGAGACGUCCCCCGGCGAGGCAGCUCGUUCGCUGACCCCCAUCACUGAGGCCGAGGCAUCGCGUGCCAACUCGACCAAGCGUGGCCCUGCCCAUCCCGAACCUGUCGGCAACCUCCCCCAGCCUGACCUCAACCCCAUCCCCGACCAGGCCGAGCACCUCGAAACGCCUAUGGAGGAGCAGCGCUCCAACUCGCUCAUGACGGACGCAACGUUUGGUCCUGGACCCCGCGAGCUUGGAACUCCGCCCAACCCUGUCCAAGCGCCUCAUGUCCACGCCGCUGCACAGCUGUCCCAGCCUUCGCCUCCGCCUCAGCCUCAACGUUCGCCCAAGCGUCUCCAACAACAAUACCAACAGAUGCAACAGCAGCAGCUUUCGGACCGUACCGCUGUGCCUGCAAACGGCUCUGCCCUCGGUAUUACAACCCUCGGCCCGGACGCCAAUGCGGUGCCCCACCAGCAACAGCAGCAGCAGCAGCCACAGGUGUCUGGUGCAGGCCUUCCUGACCAGCGCACCGCUGUCAGGAAUAUGUCGCCCUCAAAGGUCUCACCGUCGUCACCGCCCACGUCCAGUGCAAAGGCACUGGCUGCCGCUGGAGCCGUCGUCGCUGGUGCCGGCGUUGCAGCAGCAGCUGUGGCCGCCGGUGCGGGCUCGCGCCAGGAUAGCCAAUCAUCGCGUUCGCAGCAUUCGGACACGUUGCACGCGCCCAAGCCGCAGCGUGCGCCAUCGUCGGAGCCGUUGCUCAGAGACGAACCAGCGGCCAUGUACUUGAUGAACAUGGUCGAGGAGCCUGCUUCCAUCGCACCACCACCAGUAGUGCCAAUCCCCGCCGUCCCUGUAGCGCCACCAGUCAAGUCCCCGACCAGCCCAGGCUCCAGCACUUCCGACAGGCAGCCAGCUCGGGCCGCCCCUGUUGUGACACAGUUUGAGCCCUCCCACCGACCUGAAGUCGCCCGUCGUCCAUCUGGAGCUCGCGCAAUUCCGACUUCCACUCGUUCGAACAGUAACACUUCUCGCGGCAUUCUCGAGGAGGACCACACGCCGGUCUCGACCACCUUUAGCAAGCCGCCGUCCAGCAGCAUCAGCUCGCGCGAGUCGGAGCCUAGGGCGCACGUCUCACCACCAAUUUCGCAGACCUCCACCAUGGCGAGUUCGUUCAACCACCCCAAGCCCCAGCUGGCAGUCCACACCAACCCGGCCGCAGCUGGCGGCAGCGGCAGCGGCGAGUAUAACGAUGCCGCCGCGUUCAUGGCGUAUGCCGACCAGAACUCGCCCGUCGCUUCCAAGGCCACGCGGGCGUCGUCAAUCCCAGCGCCAGUGCCAGCGCAGUCUGCACCUGCACCUGUGCCCGUCCAAGCACAAGCCCCCACCCCCACCGCCCCCGAGGCCCGAUCAUCGUUCGCACCCUCCAAGGCCGCUGCCGAGCGUCGUGCAAAGGCAGAGGCUCAGACAGAGCAGCAGCGCUCGGUCAUGAACGUUCCCGGCGGUGGUCGUCGUGCCAACCGCGGCAUGGCGCGCACGCCUACCCCUCGCGACGAGUCGAGCGACGAAGACGAAGAUGAAGAAGAGGUCGAGGAGGACGAGGACCGUUCGCCUGCCUCUCGCCCUUACAGCCAGCAGCAACAGCAGUACCCCGAGGCCACUGUCGAGCGCCGUGGUUCGCGCGCUCUCCCUGCCAUCCCACCCCAGAUGCAGGCUCAGCCCAGUUACGAGCGCACCCGCUCGUUCUACGAUGUCGGACCCUCCAAUGGCCACGGCAAUGGCAAUGGCAACGGCAACGGCGGCGACUAUUACGAGAUGCCUGUCCAGUCCAUGAACAACCUCAACAUUGGCCAGACGACCGACCGUCCUCGCUCGCGCUCUCCUCCCGCACCGCACCGUCACAUGCCGCCCCAGCUGCAACAGCCCGCCCACCCUGUCGCUCCCCUCCCGCAGCCGCCUGCGCCCGCCACGCGCCAGAACGUCUGGAACGCCAACUUCUCCGUCGAGCACGGUAUGCAGGAGCGCAAGGGCACGUUUGUGCAGCUCGAAGAGCCCCAGGUCACCCUCACCAAGGCGUUCACUCCCGGCGGUCUCCUCAGCGCCGGCCUGCAGGACAAGGACGACCGCAGCGCCAAGCGUCAAGAAGAGGUCGCCCGCGAGACUGGGUCGUCCCUCAUCAACGUCCCCGCCAAGCCCCCUCCCCCCUCUACGGGUCUGCUUGGUGUUGUCGCCCAGCACGAGUCCCAGCGUAGCGCUCCCGGCGGUAUUGGCGCGACGCUCACCGACCGUGACCGCGAGCGCCGCAUUGCCGAGGAACGCCAGCGCAAGAUUGACGAACUGCAAGGCAGCCAGAUGCAAGGUGGCUAUGGCGGCGGCAUGCCCGGCAUGCCUGGCUACGGCGGCUUCCCCCAGUAUCCCGGCGGUAUGGGCGGUAUGGGUGGAUACGGCGGCAUGGCCCCUCAAAUGGGCUACAACCCCUACGGCAUGAUGUCCCCCGCUGCCCAGCAACAGGCCAUGAUGGCCGCCCAGAUGGCCUACCAGCAGACCAUGUACGCCAUGUCGCAGGCCGGCUCGCAGAUGGGCGACGCGCAGACGCAGGACGGCCGCAACUCGCCCACGCCGUCCAACCGCGCCGCAUCGCCCUUUGGCGCCGGCGGCCCGAUGAGCAUGUACGGCUACGGCAGCCCGAUGAGCAUGUACGGCGGCUUCCCGCAGUUUGGCAUGGGCGGCAUGCCGCCCAUGGGCAUGCCUGGCAUGGGUUCGCCCGGCAUGAUGUCUCCGGCCAUGCAGCCCGGCAUGCCUGGCUGGGCCUCGCCGCCUGCCGGUGGCGGCGGGGGUGGUGGGGCCUACGGCCGCCCCAUGAGCGCUGCCGACGGCAACGGGUCGCCCGCCAUGCCUGGAGGCUCGUACAACGGCUCGGACAGGGGCCACGGCGCCCACGAGGAGAGGAACGCGUCGUAG